UGGAUCCAACCGGUUGACAAUGCACACUUAAAAAUACCCAAACAGAGUAUGGCAUGUUAACGCCACUGGAUGUGCAUGAUCUAAUUGGUUCAUUAGGUUCUUGUUACCAAGGUCGAUCUCCAGGUGGAACGUGCGUUACCUGUCCUUUUAGUUUGGGUGAUUACGAGGGAGAUCGCACAGAAAACAACAAAGGAACACACAGUGAAACAUGACUGGGCGGAGUCAGGACCACGUUUCUCACCCUAAACACCAGAAUGGCCUACAUAAUGGCAAUCAUACCAACGGGUACCACCAUUGUCCCCCAGACGCGGAGAAACGAUCCGGGUCAGUUCAUGAGUUGGUGACCCCAAUCGAACUUAAGAAGAACAUGGGACUAAUGAGUGGGACGGCUCUCAUCGUAGGAACUAUGAUAGGAUCAGGGAUUUUUGUGUCCCCCCGAGGCGUUUUGGAGGGUUCGGGAUCCAUUGGGAUGAGUCUGGUAGUGUGGGCAUCCUGUGGGCUUCUGGCUAUGUUUGGUGCCCUUACAUACGCCGAACUAGGUACGGUCAUCCAGGAAUCUGGAGGCGAGCAUGCGUACUUUAAAAGAACGUUCAUGCCUAUGGGACGUUUUGGGAGACUACCCGUGUUCCUGUUUGACUGGCUCGGCGUAUUUGUCCUUCGCCCCUCCAUGUUCGCCAUUAUGGCUCUGAGUCUGGGAACGUAUGCCACGCAGCCCUGGUACGGAGAUUGUGAGGCCCCAACUGCCGUCAUCAAAACCGUCACUAUAAUGUCAAUGGCACUUGCUGGUUUCAUCAAUGCAAUGAGCGUCCAUGCGGCAUUGCUGGUACAGAACACGCUGACAGCAACCAAACUAAUGGCGGCCGCCAUUAUCAUCAUUGGGGGGAUUGUCAAAAUCGCACAAGGAAGCACAGUGUACAUAAGCGAAGGGUUUAAGGAUACAAAAGAAGAUUUGUCUCUACUGGCUUUGUCGUUCUAUAAUGGACUUUGGGCUUAUGAUGGCUGGAACAAUUUGAAUUUGGCUACAGCUGAGUUAAAAAAUCCUUCUGUAAAUUUGCCUCGCUCCAUCAUAAUAGGAAUCCCUCUGACCACUGUAGUGUACAUCCUGGUCAAUGUCGGUUACUUCUCAGUUAUGUCGAAGGAAGAAGUCCUUCAUGUUGAUGCAGUGGCUGUGAUAUGGGGUCAAAGGGUGCUAGGAGAUUUCUCUUUCAUCAUUCCUAUAUGCGUCGUGUUGUCAUGCUUUGGUGCUGUUAAUGGGACAAUAUUUACGAGUGGACGAUUGACGUAUGUGGCUGCCAAAGACCACCAUCUUCCGAAUGUCCUGUCAUAUAUACACGUGUACAGGAAAACUCCCUUACCCUCUGUCAUAUUUACGACAAUUAUUGGAAUCAUUCUUAUCCUGCCUGGGGACCUCAGUAGUCUGAUCGAGUUCUUCAGCUUUUCCGCCUGGAUAUUCUACGGCCUAGCUGCCUUGACGGCCAUUAUACUUCGUUUCACAGAGCCAGAUCUGCCUCGACCCUAUCGAGUACCACUAGUCAUCCCCUGCAUUGUUGUUCUGGCCUCCAUUUAUUUACUGGUGGCCCCCAUUGUCAACAAUCCUCGUAUCGAGUACCUUUACCCUCUGAUGUUCACAGCGGCGGGGCUGGCCGUGUAUGUGCCCUGCGUCCAUUUUAGAUACUCGCCUCGCUGGAUCCAUUGGGUUACAGUUUCUCUCCAGAAGUUGCUGUUGAUCUUUCCCACUGACACAUAUUGAGACUCCAGAACCAAUUGUCUGAAUAACUAUGGAAACACGAAUUCGUACGACAAAUCGGAUGUGCAGCCUGGAUAAACUUGCUGUCGUUAUUGUAAAGUAGUCAGCAAAGCAACUGUAAUUACAAUAUUGUUAGAAUAGUUUGGUAAAUUUUAUGGAGGAAGUUAUCUUCUUAAUGAUGAGUGGUCAAUGACUCUAUUUAUGUUGCUUAUUCAUUGAAAAGUAGUCCCUAAUUGUAUUACAAUGACUGUAAAUCUGUUGAUAUUCGAGUAGUGAAAAGGCGUCAAUGGCAUUUUUGGUUGAAACCCCGGUGAAAGUGAUAAGUGACUCCAUUAUGUGGAUACUUCAUUGAAACUUAGUCCCGAUUUGUAUUACCAUAACUGUAUUCGAGUAGGAAAAAGAAGUCAAUUACUUUUUUGGCUGAAACCCCGUUGUGAAGUGGUUGUCGACUCGAUGAUGUUGAUACUCCAUUGAAACAAAGUCCUUUAUUGUUUUUUAAUGCUGUACUCCUGUUGCUUAUUCAUUGAAAAGUAGUUCCUGGUUAUAUUACCGUGCAUGUAUUUCUGUCGAUAUUCGAGUGAAAAGGAGUCAAUGAUUUCUUUGGUUGAAACCCAGUUGAAAAAAAGAGUUAGAGAAUCAAUUUUUGUUGAUACAUGGGUAUUUUUUUAUGUAUAUAUAUAUAUAUAUUGAUAAUCCUGUAAAAAGAAGUACGUGACUCUAUUUUAGAUACGUUGAUUUUCUUUUAUGAAUGAAGGAAACGUCUCAUUGUGUACUACACAAACUUUUAGCACAAAACAUAUUGAUACGUCACUGUAAGCAUUCCCAUAUAUGUAUUUCCUUCGUGGUAGAUAAGGUUAACAUGUUUUCUAGUUGUCCAAAUUUUAUUACAAUCAUCAUAUCUAGUAAUUAAACAUUCGAAAUUGUUUAUGAUCAUCAUCUCCCCUCGAUAUCAGUAAAACAUACGAUUUCACGAUUUUUCUUUUUAAUGGCAAUUUAUUUGUAAUAUAAAAGGAAAUUGAUUAGGGGGGAGGGCUCGAUAAAACAAUCGAUGCCAAAUUGACAUAUCUUUAUAAACUUAUAGUCAUUGCCGCUGGACCUGUCUUCCGUUAUAGGGACACAGUUUUGUGUUUAUUAUCUUCCAAAUACUUUCUGUAUAUUUAUACCAUGAACUUAUGUCGUCAAUACUGCAGUAUUGCCUGAGAUAUUCUGAUAUAACAGUCCGUAAUAGUAUACUGUCAUUUAAUGCCACGAUAUAAAAACACUGUUGUAUACUAAUAGAAUCUUUCACCCCCUUUGGGGUGAGAUAGGAGAAUCUCA